CUGACAACACCGUUUCCACAUUCUAGCGCCAUUUCCGGUGAAAAUCGAAUUUGAAAAAGGAUAAAAAUUGAGGACAAUUCUAAUAAAUAAACUAAAGAUGGCCUCAGAUGACAUUGCAGAUGUCACUAAGAAACUAGAAGGGACAAAGGUUGAUGAAAAAAAUCUACUUAGUUUCAAAGGAAAGGGACUGAAAUUAAAUAAACCAGAAGAUGCUAAAGAAGUUGUAGAAGCAAUAGAACAAUGUUCCACGAUGACGGCUCUCAGUAUGGAGGGGAACACUCUAGGAGUGGAAGCAGCAGAGAGUAUAGCUCAAGCUCUGAAAAAACAUCCAGAAUUUGAGAGAGCACUGUGGAGUGAUAUGUUCACAGGUAGACUAAAGACUGAAAUACCACAAGCUUUGAAAUAUUUAGGAGCUGCUAUGAUAGAAGCUAAUGCACAGUUGGUGGAACUUGACCUUAGUGAUAAUGCAUUUGGACCAAAUGGGGUCACCGGUAUUGUAGAUCUUCUCAAAAGUAAAACAUGUUAUACACUAAAGGAACUUAGACUCAAUAACAAUGGACUUGGUACCACUGGAGGAAAGAUGUUAGCUGAUUGUUUGAUGGACUGCUACAACUCUAGUAAAGCUGCAGGGACUCCCUUAGCGCUGGAAGUAUUUAUCUCAGGGAGAGGGAGGCUGGAAAAUGAGGGGUCAACAGCUCUCUCUGAAGUCUUCAAGCUGAUGGGAUCAUUGAGAGAAGUACAGAUGCCACAGAAUGGUAUUAAUCACCAGGGAAUAUCAGCUCUGUCUCAAGCGUUUGAACAUAAUCCAAAUCUUAGAAUACUCAACCUUAAUGAUAACACAUUCACAGUGAAAGGGGCAAAAUCUAUGGCAAAAGUGCUACCAAAGUUACAGAAUUUAGAGGUGAUCAAUUUUGGUGAUUGUUUAAUCAGAUCAGAAGGUGCAAAAGUUAUAGCUAGAUCAAUACAAGAUGGACAUAAAAAAUUAAAGGAAUUAAUUCUAAGUGGAAAUGAAAUCAAUAAACAAGGAGCCAGUGUUGUAGCAGAAUCAGUAGAGAACAAGGACAAUCUUACACUGCUAGACCUUGACUCAAAUCAACUUGGAGAGGAAGGUGUUGAACUUGUACAAGCUACAUUAGAAGCAAUUGGUAAACAAGAUAUAUUAGGCUCCUUAAGUGGUGAUGAGGGCAGUGAUGAGGAAGAUAUAGAGGACGAUUAUGAUGAAAGCUAUGAGGAAAAAGCACAGGAGGAUACUGAGGGCGAUCAUGUUGAUGACCCUCAACUUCAAGUACGAGGAACAGCACUAAGUCCCAAACAG